AUGGGUUCUUUUGAAAACCAUCAAUGGAAAAGCAGUUUUGCUGCUGAAAUUACCGGAAGGAAGUCGCCCGGCAUGUUCGCCAAAAUUCGUCGUCGAUUCACCGCGCCACCUGUAAGAACGCUGAAGUCACCAAAGUUCACUGAAGAAGAACUAGACGCUCUAACCGGAAAUUUGCCGUAUGAAACGAAUUAUACGUACGCUUACAGCAAGCUGUACGAUCCGAACUUGCCGGAUCAUUGGGAAGUUCCCAACCUUGGACGAAAGUCCCCAGUAAUGGUUGAAGAGCAUUGGUCCACUGCCAGUAUUUUGAACAUGAUAUUUUACUAUCUUAUGUUGCCGGUAACCUUGGUGCGGCUUCUGUUUAUCUAUAUGGCUCAAACAAUCAUUAAUUCAAUUAAAGUGGUGGCAGUCACUUUCUAUGAAUACGCUUACAUCACAAUUUGGAAGAUUAUGGAAAUUUUUUCCGGUCCGAAUCGAAACGCUAGCGAUCAACAACAAUCAACUUUUUGGAAUCUUCUUGUCUCGAUUUUGACGUUUCCAAUCUAUUUUGUCAACGAUCGCGUUGUGAACCCAAUUUGGACACUGGCCGUUCAAAACGCUUCUGCUGAUGGAAUUGUUGCUGAGUCGCGGAAGACAGCUCGCAAAACGAUUCAAGAACAACGUAUGAUGAAAAACAGUCCGUCUUUGUCCCCAGCAAGAAACCCAACUCCAAGAAGAGCCGUCCAAAAGAAGAUUGUGGAAACUCAAGUCAUCCAAAAAUAUCAAGAAUCCGAUAGCGGUGCUUCGCCUUUGACCAGUACACUUCGUUCAUUCCGAAAUGUGUCUAGCCGCUCGAUCACACCAGUUAGAAAUCGCGCGGGAGCAAUCAACGAGCAAUACACUGUUUUUGACAAAGAAGAUACUCCGUUGUCGAGUUAUGGACUUCGAUCACGCAAUUUUAUUGAAAGUGAUACUCCCGAGCCAACAGAAGAAUUGACUCCGAUUCUUAGAAGAUCAAAGGGCGGUGCAACAUUUAAGAAGCACAAUGUUUCCUUCAGUGGUAGCUCAUCAGGUCUUAUUGGAAUUAUGUACGACUCUUUCUUCCUUGUCUUGAAGUGGAUUCUUUAUGUUGCCUUCAUUCCAUACUUUGUUGCUUCUUAUGCUUUCUAUAUGAUUCACGACUACUACAGAAGCAAGGUCAUAUCUGAGCCGGAACUGAACGAUUACCGUGUGGAGGCAUUGGAAAAUACUGAUUCAAAACUCACCCAUCGUGCUCUUUUGGCAAAAGCAAAAUCAGUGAGCAACCUUUUCGUCAUUCCAAAGGUUUUUGAAUCGAAUCAUUCAAUUUCGUCAAAAUUGGUCACCGUGUUCUACUUGACUAUUCAAAGCCUUUUCUUUUUCGUUCCUUUUACUGCCAACUAUGUUCACGACAAGGUCAAGAAGAGAGACUUUACCUUAUUCUGGAUUCUGCUUGGCCUCAUCUUCUUGACUUUGAUUAUUCUGCUGUUAGCUGGAGAAACCACGGAUGAGAAACUGAUCACAGCGGCAAAAGCAAAGAUAAACAGAACGCGUCAGAACUUCAAUAACCUUACUGUCAAUUUGAAAACUGUUGGACACGUUUUGACGAAACCAAUCGUAGAUCUGAGUCGCUGGAUUGGAACAAAGCUGACCAACAUUGUUUUCGAGUUCUACGCUUAUUUUACGGGAACUCCAAAUGUUAUUUCCAAUACAAUCCAGUCAAUCGGUUAUGGAAAGUAUGGAGUGUUCACAGUUCUCGGCCCAAUGUAUCAUAAAGUCGAAACAAAGUUUGCGAGCGCCUACAAAAACGCUCAAAUGUCGAUUACCAACUUUCUAGUGUAUACCUGGAUCUUCGAUGGGUAUAUCUUCUUUCUUGACACAAUUCGAGACAUGGGGACCACAGCCAUGCAUCUUCUUCGCGACUUGUGGAACUUUUUGAAAAGAGUUUGUAUAAUAUCACACACGAGACUACGUGAGAAAUCGACUAAUGCAAUGGACGCCAUGACUCAAACGGAGUGGGAUGUGAAAGCAGAAUCAACUUUACGCAGAACUAAAGGAUAUAUAUCAGGAGGGUUUGUAGCGUUCUAUGAGUGGAUUGUUAAGCCGCUUUUCGGAAACUCAAAUCUACAAGUUGAAAAGGAGAUUGUGAUAUCUCGUGAAGAAACACAAGAUCAUCCUUCUUUGAAGAGAGACGAAGAGCUACCAAGAAUCGUUCCGGUCAAAGAAAUGAAUAACGCUGAGCCUCCAAUUCCAACCAUUGAUCCAGUGAAGCCAAUGACACAAAUUCCAAUUGUGCUUAAGACACCGCCAGCUACUAUUGAUGAGAAAAAAGUUAUUCAGGAAAUAACUGAGAAGUUGCGCCAGGAAUUUAGCGAAAAAUUCCAAAAAGAAGUGGCUGCGAUGAACGAAGCCAAUCAACUCGCGCUGAUUGAGAAAAUCAAAUCGCUGAACGUUCAUAUUGACCGCGACGAUUCAAGCUUGCACGAGAUUAUUCGGACAAUGAUCUACCAAUACGAUGCUGAUAAGACGGGGCAAGUCGACUAUGCGCUUGAAAGCUCUGGAGCUUCGGUAAUCUCAACGCGGUGCUCGGAGACGUACAACAGCUACUCAAGACUUGAGAAAAUUUGGAAUAUUCCAUUGUGGUAUUCAUCGUAUGGCCCAAGAACUGUGAUUCAGCGAAACUCUAAGACCCUCUUCCCUGGAGAAUGCUGGAGUUUCAAGAACGACCGUGGAUAUUUGACGAUCGAUCUAUCCCAUCACAUUGACCUGACCAGUGUUAGCUAUGAACACAUAAGCAAGGAAUUAGCUCCAGCUGAAAAUCGCAGAAGUGCUCCAAAGGAUUUCAAGAUUUGGGCCUACAAACACGUUGAUGAUAUCCAUUCACGAGUUCUCAUUGGAGAAUACACAUACGAUCUUGAAGGACCCCAGUUGCAAUUUUUCCCUGCUAAAAACAAACCAGAUUUUGCUGUCAAGAUUGUUGAGCUCGAGGUGACGAGCAACUACGGAGCCCCAUUCACCUGCUUGUAUCGUCUUCGAGUUCAUGGAAAAGCUUUUGUGGAUGACGUGCUCACAGAGGUUUAUUCAACAGAUCCACAAAAUCGAACAGCAAGACACGCUUAUAUCAGAAGAGGAACAGCUUAUGCGCAGAAUUCUUGCACUGGAUGUUGCCUUCCCGGGCCACCAGGAGGACCUGGGCCGUCAGGGAAACCGGGAAGACCAGGAAAACCCGGACCACAUGGCUCUCCAGGCCGAAUAGGGCGGGUGAUUUCCGCACCAUGCCUUCCAAACACACUGCCACCGUGUAAGCCUUGUCCUCGUGGUCCGCCUGGAAAGGCAGGUCUUUCUGGGCCACCUGGAAUUCCGGGGAAAAUUGGUUCUCCAGGAUUUCCUGGUAAAUUAUUACCACCGGGACCUGCUGGACCACCAGGACACCAAGGUUCUCCUGGUAAACCAGGUUCACCUGGAAAACCGGGAAAUCCUGGAAAGCCAGGUGGUAGUCAAGUUUCACUACCUGCUCCCACCGGACCUCCAGGUCCACCAGGUCCCAUUGGACCACGAGGGCCAGAUGGCCAUUUAGCACAGAGAAGUAAUGGGCCGCCUGGUCCAAAGGGUGCACCUGGCGCAAUGGGCCCUCGAGGAGUAGAUGGAAACCCCGGUCCACCAGGAAAACCAGGAAAAAAUGGACACGAAGGGGAAAGAGGAAUUUGUCCAAAAUAUUGCGCUAUUGACGGUGGAAUAUUCAUUGAAGACGGAACUCGUAGAUAA